AUGCCUCCCACGAAGCUCCCGGAAUCCGGCAACCCGCUACGCUACCACCGGCGGUUGAGCAUCGCGGCUCAGGCAAUCCCGGCUCCGGGGCUCCGAGCUGCUGGUGUGCUUCGGCUCUUCGGUGAACCACUCGGCCGCAUCACGUUCGAGCUCUUCAAGGAUGUAGUCCCCAAGACAGCCGAGAACUUUCGUCAGUUCUGCACCGGCGAGUCCAAGGAUGCUCGGGGUCGUCCGCAGGGCUACAAGGCCUCUAAGUUCCAUCGUAUCAUUCAAGGCUUCAUGUGCCAGGGCGGCGACUUCCUGAAUGGCGACGGUACCGGCUCGGUAUGCAUCUACGGCACCUCCAAGUUCGCCGAUGAGAACUUCAACCUGAAGCACGACCAGCCCGGUCUGCUCUCCAUGGCUAAUGCCGGACCCAACACAAACGGCUCCCAGUUCUUCAUCACCACCGUCCCGACGCCCUUCCUGGACAACAAGCACGUCGUCUUUGGCAAGGUUGUCGACGGUAUGGACAUUGUCAAGAUGAUGGAGGCCACCAAGACGGGGUACCGCGGAAAGGACCAGCCGAACCAGGACGUUGUCAUCGCGCAGUGCGGUGAGAUGUGA